AAAAAGGAUAUCAGGCUCUAAAUAGCUUCUAGUAUUACUGACUUGUUAACAGUCAUUUAUAUUGAGGACAUUCAAGAGGGCUUUGAUGAGACCUUACGGAAAAGGAGUGUAAAGAACUCUCUGACAGAAAUAUUUUGGCUUUUUCCCGACCAGAAGCGAUAGUUUGUUGAAGGCUUUGAUAUACUUCAUAAAGAGGACCUGUACUUUUAUUACCAACCUUUGAUAUUUCGUACAUUCUCAUUCGUAUUUCUUUCGUGAAACGUUCCCUCUACACAUGCCGCUGAGUUUGUGUGUUUGAUAUAUUCAAGGAAUGCGACAUCUAUCCUCAACGCCUGGUGGUAAAUUUUCAAGAAACUUCUGUCUACAACUGAGUCGCUUGACGAAAUUUUUGGAAUCCCGCGCUGUCACCUGCGCAGACAAUUUUUCACCACGCUUGUUGCCCAAGUUUACAACAACGCGGACGUAAAGUUGAUAGUUAAAGGGAAAUAUGGUGGAAUCCCCGUCUGCGAUGAAUGUUGAUCUGAGUGUUAUGAAGCGAAUGGUAAAAGACUUUACGGCAGGCGCCAUUGGGGGUACUGCAUGUGUGAUGGCGGGACAACCUUUCGACACGAUUAAGGUCAAGAUGCAGACUUUCCCGUCGCUUUUCAAAACUGCCUUCGGCUGUGGUGUUAAGACAUUGAAACAGGAGGGAUUUCGUGGACUAUAUGCAGGAACAAUCCCUUCAUUAGCUGCUAACAUUGCGGAAAAUUCUGUCUUGUUCUUAUUUUAUGGUCAAUGUUUAACGUUAGUGAAAAAGUUAGUGGGGAAGAAAGAUGAAAAAGAGUUGAGUAUAUUGAAUAGAGCGUUUGCCGGGAGUGGAGCAGCAGUCUUCUCUUCGUUUGCAUUAUGUCCAACAGAAUUAGUGAAAUGUAGGCUUCAAGCACAACAUCAAAUGAAUAUUAUGGCUGGAAAAACUGGGGCUAAGAGGUAACAACUUACUUUACUAAUCCCUUUCACUCCCAAUAUCUCACCAGAAAUUCUCCUUACUCUCUGUCAAACCAUUCUUAUGAUGUUACUAUGGAGAAUUUGGUAUUUGAUCAAUUAAUAAUCCCCUUAUUGGUACUCUUCUUCAUUCUCAUUGCUUGUCUGCUUGAUAUUGUAUCAAUAUUUUAAGGAGAAAUUCUGUCUUGGUCACACACAGGAGUUAAAGGGUUAAUUAACCUAAUUGUAUCUUUUGAAAGUUGCCGCUGAUAGUGAAAAUAUUUGCAGAUGGUAGUAAGAGGUCUUUUUUUCAUUGAACCCCUUGUGAAUGAUCAAAAAAUGGCAUUUUUAUUCCUCCACAGUGGUGUAGUGCAAGUGACAAUGCAGAUCAUUCGUGAGGAUGGUUUUUUGGGUCUUUUUCGAGGCAUGACGUCAACAUUGGUCCGUGAAGUACCUGGUUACUUCUUCUUCUUUGGAGGCUAUGAGUUGAGCCGAUAUUUCCUCACCCCAGAGGGAAAAACUGUUGAUGAUCUCGGUAAGAUUUAUUUUCAAUUUGAAUUUUAGUUUGAUGUUGUGAUUGCAUGAUAUGUUGAAUCCACACUGAGGAUUGAAAAAGUCUAGAACUUAUUUAACCCUUGAAAGUGGGGCUGCUUCUAAUUUUAUUUAUCGCAAUGCUACUGAAUCAUCCAUCAAGAUCAUAAAAGUAUAGGAAAUAAUCUAAGAAUUAUCUAAGAAAAAAAUCAAAGAAAAUUUGACUGAAGAAGUUUUGAUUAUUUUAAAAAAUUCUCCUUGUCAGUACUAAAGGAAAAGCAUAGAGAAGAGUAUUGAGAAUUUGGAUACUGAUGUUGGGGUGUAAAGGGUUAAGUAUGUUUGUGUUGAUUGGUUUCCAAGUUUUGAACUUAGAUAAUGUCAUAAAUAGACCGUGUUGCUUCCUGGAGUGAAAUUGCUUAAUAUUUGUUUGAGUGACAGUACAACUGGUUUCACUGUUAGUUGCUCAGAAAACUAUUUUUUUUAGAUAAAGUGAAAUCCACCUUGUAUUAAGAUGUUUAAGUCUUUCCAUUUGUCCUCUUCAUGAAAUAUAUUUCUGGCCACUGUGAACUCAGUGUUUGCCACCAAGAUCUGUGUAGAUAGAACUAAGAUGGUCCUAACUGAACUUUUAUCCCAAUCACAGAGAUACAACUUGAACAGUCUUCCCAGGAAUUUUGGAUAUGAAAAGUACUGAGGAUGAAAUUUCAACUCACUAAUUGAUCUUUUAUCUCACAUAUUAACCCCUUUACUCCUGUGAUAUAAUUUUCAAUUCUCCCCUCUAGCUGCUACAAAUUUCCUUGUUAUGUAAUUACAAGAAUUUGGUUUUAGACAGGUUUACAGUCAAGUCGCUCGAGAGUCAUCUCGCCUGAAGUCAUGUCGCCUGAAACCUGAGUCAUGUUGCCCAAAAUUUUAAUUAUGUUCCCCGAAGAAACAAAUACUGAAAACAUCAGAAUUUCAGACUGUAAAUAGGCUAUGAAGUUGGGAAAUUUUUAUCAUUAAAGCAACUCCUUGAAGAUUCUAAAAGUGUUGUUUGUUCCUUUCAACGAAGGGAAAUGUUGUUCAUUUCUAAAAACAAAAUGAAGUGUUGUUCAUUUGGUAUGUAAUCGUUUCUUACUCACAGAUGUUUCGUAAGCUUGGGAAACUUUAUCUUUAUUUAUUUUAACAAUACCAUGACAUGUAAAGUUCUGUUGUGUCUAUAUGUGACUUUCUUAUCAAUAACAGAUGAAAAAACUUGGUAAACAAGUGUCGAUUGUCACAUUCAACAAGUUGGUGAAAGGUCAACACUUCAUUUUGUUGUUAGAAACGAACAGCGCUUCCCUUUGUAGUUAGAAACGACCAACGCUUUUAGAAUUGUUACUCAAACAUAUUUCAAUUCCAACCAUACGAUCAAUUUUCUGUGUGGUCAAAGUCAUUGUGGUGUUGUUAGAAACCAAGAAAGAGUUUAUCAAGCUUACGAAAUGUCUGUGAGUAAGAAAUGAGUACAUACCAAUGAACAAUGCUUCAUUUUGUUGUUAGAAAUGGGCAAUGCUUCCCUUUGUUGUAAGAAAUGAACAACAUUUUUAGAAUUGUUACUCAAAUGUACACUGAAAUUCUGAUGUUUUUAGUAUUUGUUUCUCUGGGUGACUUGACUUUUUUUUUCUGGUAACAUGACUAAAAUUUCGGACAAUGUGACUCAGGUUUCAGGUGACAUGACUUCAGGCAAGAUCACUCUCGGGUGACUUGACCACUUACCAUUAGACAUGAGAACAAUUUGUACCUGAUGAGUUAAAGUAUACUCAUUACCUGUUUGCUGGUUUACAUAUGGAUAUUGUAAGGAGAAGUUAAGGGGUUUAAUGUAUGCUUGUUGUGUUACUAUGCCUUAGACUUGGCAUUUCCAAUAUGAGCAUUAAAGGUGUAUCACUGAACAGUUUAAGUGAUUGUAAUUUAAGUAUUUUACACUUUUGUAGGUGCUGUGCGGCUUACUUUUUGUGGUGGUAUUGCUGGUGUUUCUCUCUGGAUUGCUAUAUUUCCUGCUGAUGUCAUCAAGUCUCGCAUCCAGGUACUUUUACCACAAUGUGCACUGUUCCUUGACACUCUGCAAUCCAGUCUCCCUCCAUUUUUGCUCAUAGGCAUUAAGGUUACACUACUUUCUCAGCAAUUACUUUUAAUAUUUGAUUUUUUUCUAUAGUUGUAAUUUUUUUUUGACAAGUUAUCCUAAAGAAUCCAAAGAUGAAGGAUCUUGUAACCUUUUCUCCUUUAGUGUUAUUCUUCUGUUGUUGCUCUGUAAAUACUUUACAACUAAAAAAGUAAAUCUAUGACUUUAAAAGUAUUUAACUUCUCAGUGCUUUCCUUACUCUCAUUAAGUCAAUUUUUUUGUCUGCUUUUAUCACUAAAUUUUUCCAGUUAAAUCUUUUUUACCAAUUGAAAGAAUUUUGUAUUUAUCCCUUUGACCCUUAAGAGUGGCUGGCAUGAAAUUUCUGCCUAUAGUAUCACCCAGAAUCACACUUUAAGGUCAUGAGAAUAAAAGAAAUGAUCGCCAACAAAGGAAGCUCUUGAUUGUUAAUCAAAUUCUCUUCAUCAGCACCUUAGGAAAUGUAUAGAGAACAGUGUGGAGAAUGUGCAUAAUGAUAUUAGGGUGUAAAGGGUUAUUUGAAGUCAGUCACCUUUGCUCCCAAGAUCUGAGUGUUAAUUUUCCCUUCUAGCUGCCUCACAUUUCCUUCCAAAUCAGUAAGGAGAAUUUGGUCUUACAUCAAGAUGACAACUUUCACCCAAUAAGUUGGAGUAUUCUUGUUACCCAUUUUCUGGACAAUAUAUGGAUGUCAUGGGAAGAAGUUACAUGUUAAUCACUUCUGGGUGAUAAAAAGUUGUGAGCUGUUGCACUAGUAAGCUGAUCUAUGUGAUUAAACCUACAUUGAUAACUUUUUUCUGUGCAGAUACUGACGCAGGGCUCUGACAAAGUACCAGGCUUCUUUGAGACAAUGUUUCAGAUUGUUCGUAAUGAAGGUACGUAAUGUGCAUUUAAAAUAUACACAAUACUGUGUUGACUGACACUUGCCUGGUAAUUAAUUGUCUGAAGUUUUUCAACCAGCCAAAAUGAUUCCCUCCAGAUGGAAAGGCCUAUGGAAUGUAUUUCCAUUUAAAUCUGGUGCCUUAAUUAAUUUUAAAAAAUCCAGGAAGGUAGACAGGUUUUAGGGGUAAGUUUUUUGGUUUAUUUGUUGUUGUUGUUGUUGCUGGUGUUGUCAUUGCUUUGAGAAAUUUGUAAUUGAUAAUAGAUGGAAUGUUUCCAGUGAGUGUGCUUCAACUCUAUGUUUUUUAUUUAAAUUGGAAUAUUCCAUUAAGACAUUUAGUUAAUUUUUUAGAAAAUGUUCAGUGUCAACUUGAGUUAUUCAUGAAAAUGUGUUCCUACAAAUAUCAAAAUGGUUGCAGAUUGCACAAAAUUUUCAUGCUUCAUGGUGUAAGGUUAAUUCUUAAUUGUACAGUUUGCUAAACCACAGUUAUUCAAAAGUUCCAUUUUUGUUAAUUUGGAUUAUCUUUUUUCAUACAGGGCCAAGAGCUUUGUAUAAGGGCCUUGGACCAACACUCAUACGAUGUUUUCCAGCAUGCGGAGCUUUGUUUGUGGCAUAUGAAGGAACACAGAAACUGCUGGAAAAUGUUUAAUUCACUCUGCUCACUUCUUAGUAUUAAGUAGAGUAGCAUGGCUACAUGUAGGGAUAAAGCCAAAUGUCUUGUUUGACUUACAGUGAUAUUUUCUCGUGUGAGCCAAGGGAAACUGCAAAAAGAUGCUAUAAGCAAUAGAACAGAAAACUCUUAACUCAAGCACAGUAGCAAGGAAUUAUCUGCCCAUUUUAAUAGCUAAUGAUGCAAUAAUUAUUUGUAAUAAUGAAAGCCAUCAAGUUCAUCUGCUUAUAAGAUGUGCUUGCAGAAAUAUGCUCACACAGAUAAAGUUGUUUAACUCAUUUACCAUUUUUUUGUCUUCUGAAACCUAAUGUUACUGGAACCAUAAAUCUUUCUUUAGUGAUGUCAAUGAGACACAAAAAGGCACUUUUAAAAAGGGAAAACAAUGUGAAGAUUCAUCCUGUUACCACAAGAAGUUUGGUAUCUUCAUUGCAUGCCAUGAUAAGAAAUUCUGGCAUUUCGCCAGUAUCUAUGUUAUUACUGACACAAAUUAUUCAACAGUUUUAACAUAUAUUAUGCAAAGAUAUUAAUAAUAUUUCAUUUUUAUAAGGAAAGCAAAGGGAAUAUACCUUUGGAGUGAUGAAUCACUGAUUGUGAAUGUAUUAAAGCAUACAUGUGAACUGAAGUUCACAGUCGUUGAUUCAUCACUUCGUGGGUGUAUUACAAACCAACAUAAUGAUCAGCUCACAGUUGGCUUAUUAGCUCAGUUGGUAGAGAACUGCUCCAGUAUCACAGAGGUCAUGGGUUCAGAUUCUGUACAGACCUGAAGUUUUUUUCUACUGAUUAAGUAGUGUUCAUUACUGCAAAUCGCUUUCAUAUUCAUAUAUUUAGUUAGGUAGGGUUUUUUAUGUGCAAAUGAUAUAUUUAUAUUUCAACAAUAACAUGGUUUCAUUUUCAGUUAGAUGUUAAAUGAAGGAAUGAAUAGCUAAAUUAAGGCCUGGCUUAUUUAUUAACAUCCUGAAUGCUAUAGCUAUUAUUUAAAAUAUGAGUGACUAUUUUAAUAACUACAAAAGUCAUCAUGACUGAAAUUCUUAAUUUUCUUUGUUUUUAAUAUAAAUUCACCAUCUGAAUGAAUAAAAGGGUAAGUUUCUGAAGAAAUUGUGGUGCUGUGUCAGAAGGUUUUGCAAGAUAAUCUGAUAUACUGACUUAGUUGAUACUGUAAAUUUGGCGCUGUAAAGAGUUUCUGAUGCUCAGAUGUCAGCUUUAGUACAUCUUUGCAGUAGCUGUUAUCAACUCCAUUGAUGAAACCAAAUUACCUGAAAAGGUGGCUUCUGUAAAGUAAAGAUUGAAUCAGUCACAUAAUCUAGCCAUUUGAGAAGCUAGUCAGUUGGA